CGUCGUUGCCCGUGCUACGGAACUGGCUGCUCUUGUUUCUUGCUCUCUUCCUGUCAUCGUUUUUUUCCCUUUUGCUACUCUCUGCUAUUCCCUCUCUUCUUUUAUUAAGUAUUCACCUCUCAGGAUGAGAUUCCGCAUCCGCGGGCCAGACGGACAGUCUACUGUCAGUCUCGACGACCAUGCUACCGUGGAUGAUCUCCGAACGCAUAUUGUGGAUAAGACUGGAUUGACAUCAUAUGACGUGAAAUAUGGAUACCCCGAUCUCAAGCAUUUCCCACUGGAUGAGUUUCAACCAAACCAAAUGAUUUCCGAUGUCGGGAUCACGCUGAACGGGGAGCAGCUCCUGAUAACUAAGAAAGAGGGCUGGAUGCAAGCGCCUCUUAGUCGUGAUGAGGGGUUAACUUUCACGUCGCAAGAAUUACCUGAGGAGCAUCCCGUAUCACACGAGUCCAGCGACGCUAUCUCAGAUGACCCACCCGAAAUCCCAUCCUCCGAGCAUGCGGGUACCUUCGUCUUACGCAUCAUGCCGGAUGAUAAUUCGUGCAUGUUCCGCGCUGUGGGUAGUGCCCUCAUGGGAGGUAUGGAUGCGAUGAAUGAGUUGAGGUCUGUUGUUGCACAAACGAUCCAAGAGAAUCCUGACAUUUACUCUGAGGCGGUUCUGGAGAAGAAGCCGGAUGACUAUUGCCGCUGGAUUCACAACGAGGAUUCAUGGGGCGGAGGGAUCGAACUUAGUAUCAUCAGCAAACAUUUCGAUAUUGAGAUAUGCUCAAUCGAUGUGCAAACCCUCCGGAUUGAUCGUUUCAACGAGGGACCACCCACACGCUGCAUCUUAGUUUACUCUGGUAUCCAUUAUGAUACCGUUGCGCUGUCUCCGUCCGACCAUCCUUUCAUUCAUGCGCAUGCGCCCCCCGAAUUUGACACCAAGGUCUUUGACUCUACAGAUAACCUAGUGCUAGAAAAAGCGUUAGAGCUCUGUAAGGUAUUGCAGAGUAAGCACUACUAUACUGAUACAGCAGGUUUCCGUAUUCGCUGCAAUACAUGCGGUAGGGUUUUAAUUGGGGAAAAGGGAGCUACUCAGCACGCAACGCAGACGGGACAUUAUAGUUUCGGGGAGGCUGGUUAGAAGUGUACAGUAACGGAUUAAGUGUGAUGAACCGCCUAGUAUAGUAACCGAAUAGAGUUAUGAGCGACGUAUAUACCAUCAUUGGAAUACGAUCGACCGUAUCAUCUUAAAUUAACUAUACUAUUGGAAAGGGAUAGUUGGGGAGCGCGAGGGUAAACGUGGAGCUAAAAU